AUGGUCAGCAGUUCUUUUAAAAUAACGGAAAAGGAGCCGGUAAAAUAUCCCAAGUCGGUGGGUUUUAUUAUCAGCAAUGAGUUCUGUGAACGUUUCAAUUAUUAUGGCAUGCGAACCAUCUUGGUUCUAUAUCUGACCAGUAAACUGCAAUACGAUGAUGACACGUCGACAGUUCUGUUUCAUGUAUUUACAAUGUUGGUGUAUUUGUGUCCCCUGGUGGGCGCCAUAGUUGCUGACAGUUGGCUGGGCAAAUUUAAGACAAUUCUGAAUUUGUCCAUUGUUUAUGCCAUUGGUGGUGUUAUAAUGGCCUUGGGUGCCGUACCAGUGUUACAGCUACCAGUACAAGCUGUAACAAUAUUGGGUCUGGUCCUCAUAGCCAUUGGCACAGGUGGCAUAAAACCUUGUGUAUCGGCAUUUGGUGGUGACCAAUUUCGUUUACCCGAACAAGAAAAACAAUUGGCCACAUUUUUCUCCCUCUUCUAUUUUGCCAUUAAUGCCGGGUCGAUGAUCUCCACCUCGGUGACACCAAUUCUACGUGAAGAUGUCCAUUGUUUUGGUGAUAACGAUUGUUUCUCCUUGGCCUUUGGUGUUCCUGCCGUUCUUAUGUUAUUGUCCGUUGUAAUUUUUGUCGCGGGCAAGAAAUUGUACAUCAUGAAACCUCCUGCAGGUAAUAUGAUUUUGGGAGUUUCACGUUGCAUUAGCCAAGCCAUCGGUGGCUGGAGAAGAGAACGCAAAACAAAACCAAGAAAUCAUUGGUUGGAUUAUGCUGAACCAGCGGUGGGCUCGAAAAUGGUUUCCGAUGUAAAAACAUUGCUGAAGAUUUUGGUGUUAUUCUUGCCUUUCCCUGUUUUCUGGGCUCUGUUCGAUCAACAAGGUUCCCGUUGGACAUUCCAAGCCACACGUAUGGAUGGUGAAAUUUUUGGUUUCUUUAUUAAGCCCGAUCAAAUGCAAGUCAUCAAUCCUUUGCUGAUUUUGGCCUUUAUUCCAUUGUUCGAUUAUGUCGUUUAUCCAUUGCUGUCAAUGGUCGGUAUUCGCAGACCCUUGCAAAAGUUAACAUUGGGUGGAUUAUUGGCUGCUGGAGCAUUUUUACUGUCCGCCUUUGUGGAACUGAAAUUGGAAGCCGUUGCACCCGUGGUGCCUGGCCCAACAACAUCGCAGCUGAGAAUUUACAAUGGCAUGCCAUGUGAUUAUAAAUUCUUAACCGAAUUCCCCGUCAGUGAUAUGAGCAAUGAAAGUCAUGUCCCCGCCUUGGGUUUGUGGAUGGAAAAAGAGGUCCAAACCGCAAUGCUUACCUCAUAUCGUUUUGAUGCCUCCUCCUCGGAUCCAGCAUGUCCUGGUAUAUCAGAUAUGUUGAAAGUUAUGCCAGGAAAGGCCGUGAGCUAUUUCAUUGCCAAUGAUCGAAUGCAUGAAUUUAUGGAUAGUCCGGAACAACCGAAAUUGGGUAACCCCUUGGUUCGGGUAAUGUUAAAUAUUCCUGCUGGUCAGGGUAAUUUUACACUUAUUGAUGCUGCCCAUACUGCAACAGCAUUAGCUUCCUACAACACCUCGCAAUUAAUAACUGUGGCAAGAGGCAAGGCGGUUUUGACCUUAAACGAUCAAGUGGUUAUGAAUUUGACCGCAAGGGCUGGCGGUGUUUAUGUCAUCAUGGCUAAUGGCAAUUUCAAGGAAGGAUUUAAUUAUCAACAACAUGUGGUAACUGAACCCAAUUCCGUCCACAUGAUGUGGCAGUUGCCUCAAAUCAUUGUCAUUACGGCUGCUGAAAUUAUGUUCUCCAUUACUGGGCUGGAAUUCUCAUUUACGCAAGCCCCUCAGAGCAUGAAAUCUGUAUUGCAGGCCUGCUGGCUUUUAUCUGUGGCCAUUGGUAAUAUGUUGGUCGUUGUCAUAGCGGAACUUAAAUUCUUUGAAUCUCAGGCUGCUGAAUUUGCUCUCUUUGCCGGUCUCAUGAUCAUCGAUAUGUUCAUCUUUAUGCUAUUGGCAAUGCGUUAUCAGUAUGUAAAACACACCGAAGAAGGAGAUCCCGAAGUUGGUGAUAAAUCCAUUAAAGCCAAUAAUGAACAGAUGCCACAAUUACCCGCCGCACCAACAACGAAAACAAAAAUGACAAAUGGCGAAAGCAACAAUAUGGACAAUAAUCACCAUCAUGAUCAGGAAAGCAAUGGUGUUACAAAUGAGGCCUACGAUCACAGUGAAGAUAUGAAAUAA